GACCUCCUCCUCCGCCUGUUAAACGUUCUCCGCGGAGAGACUCUGGUUGCCACCAUGUCCGAGGCGUACUUCCCAGUGGAGUCGGGAGCGUUGGGGUCUGAGGAGAACUUUCUUUCCCUGGACGACAUCUUGUUGUCUCACGAAAAGCUUCCAGUGCGUACGGAGAUCCCCAUGCCUCGCCUGGGCGUCUUCUUCCAGGAUCGGAGCUCGGGCGCUGAGGGGGACCAUGCCCUCCCGCAGGGCUCAAAGCUCGAGCUACCCCUGUGGUUGGCCAAGGGGCUGUUUGACAACAAGCGGCGCGUCCUCUCCGUGGAGCUCCCCAAGCUCUACCAGCAGGGCUGGAGGACGGUGUUCAGCGCCGAUGCCAACGUGGUGGACCUCCACAAGAUGGGCCCACAUUUCUACGGCUUUGGCUCCCAGCUCCUGCAUUUUGACAGCCCAGAGAAUGUAGACAUCUCCCAGUCUCUGCUACAGACGUUCAUUGGACGUUUUCGCCGCAUCAUGGACUCCUCCCAGAAUGCUUACAACGAAGAUACCUCAGCCCUGGUAGCCAGGCUAGAUGAGUUGGAGAGGGGCUUAUUUCAGACAGGGCAGAGAGGACUGAAUGACUUCCAGUGUUGGGAGAAGGGACAGGCUUCUCAGAUCACGGCUUCCACCCUUGUUCAGAAUUACAAGAAGAGAAAAUUUUCAGACAUGGAGCACUGAAGGCCAGAGAGUCACAGAAUUGCUUCUUCCAGGCACAGUCACUACUUCCUGCCUUGCCUCCUUGGAAGGAGCCUGUUGGCCUUGCAUAGGACCAGAAUCGGGUUCCAUUUCAUGGCUUGUUUGUCCCCAUUUGCCUCAGGGGUGGGCCAUCUGGUUGGGAGUGAAGGUACUGGAUGAGGUGCUUGGCCCUUAAAUCCUGGAUUCUUCCAUGCUGACCCAAAAAUUCACAGCCAAGGAAAGGCUCCUAAAUGGGAGUCAUGGACUUACUUCACAGUCAAAUUGGAACUGGAUGCCUGGGGUCUGGGAAUAUGGACAGGCUCAUUUGUCUAGUUUUACCAGCUGCAGUGGACAAAUACAAACUGGGCUAUCUCUCCAGCCCAUCUGCCUGCUCUUUCACGUGGCUGCACAAGGGACAGCACCCCAACACCUCUGGCCCGAAUUGUAAAUACCUCCUGCCACCCACCAGUGGAGAGUUAACCCCAUUUCCAAAAGCAGCCACUAAGCACAAGGGAAGGAAAAGCGAAAGCACAUCAAUGGUCUGGCUUUCUCUAAAGAUUGGAGGUUGCUUUCCUCCUGUGCCACCAGGGAUUCAGAGAUUGGAAUACACAUAACUGCUCUCAGCCCAGAGGAGUUUGCUUUUGUCUCUGAUGUCUGUAGAGCAUCUUUAUUCUCUUCCCUGUCUAGAAAAGCUGUGAGGCAGCUGCUGACAGUUUCAAAGUAGUUAUUAUGGGGUGUAAACCAGCUUUACUUACAUCUGAGACUCAGAGGGUAAGGGUUACAGGCUGAGAGGAGCCCUGCUAGAGACACUGAAUAUGGCAGGUCAGAGUGGGUAACAGCCUUGAUUCUCUUUGACUCCUUAGUAAUGGGCAUCAUUAUGUAGUGUGCCCCUGGCCUGUCACUGGGGCUGCGUGGGAGCCUGCAUGACACUGACACCCUGCAGAUAAGGAGGACACCUAAGGCUGAGUGAGAAAGAAUUCUUGGAGUAGGGCCUCUGUUCCUGUUCUCGUCCUUCAGCACCCCAUAAGCUGCAAGAAGUAUCCUUGUUUUUGAGAAUUGUAGUAGAAUUUGGGGAUUCAGUUAAGCAGAUACCUUGAUGCAAAGUUAGCAUGACAAAAAUGUUUUUUUUUUUUAAGUUGGAAUUGAUGUUUUAUAGUUAGAUUUUAGUGUUAAACAAUGGACUUUGUCUGCGAACACAUUCCAGCCCAGUGCUAUUUCUGUGACUGCUGCCGCACAGAACGUUGUCUUUGAUUGGAUUUGACAAUAGUGCCCAAAUAAACUCAUGUUUUAAUGA